CCUGAUGUAACACCCUGAUGUUUUACAUUUAAUCUCGAAUGCUUAGCUGUAAAACUUUACUGUUGCUUUCUCAGGGCAGCAGGGCUGAAAGUCUCAGCUGCUUCGGGAAAUGUGCAGCAGAGAGCCGGAGCUGAGGGAAGACACAAAGCUGUGCAGUAAGUUAUCCAGAACUGGCCAAUCGCCAUCAUCCCUUCCUGUUAUCCCUAAACCUGAUAUCAUGCCAGGACAGACCUCCCCAACCUCUCCAUCAUGGAGUGCCUCAAUCCCUACUCAGCCGUUCCGCUUUCGUCUCCGUACUGAGCCGAUUGACUGGCGGCGCAUGGCAGCAAUGGAUGUGGACCGUGUGGAGAGAGAAACAGACAUAAACGUGUUGCAGGAGUUUAUCAGUGCCGUGACUUUCUGCACCGUGGAGAGUGAACGGUGUCCUCAGUGCCGCUGUCCAACAGACAUAACACUGCUAAACGUUCUGCGCAUGUCCCAGUUUAGCACAGAGUACCUGCUGCACUGCCAGGAAUAUCUGAGCUCACAGGUGGCAGCGCUGGAGGAACGGCUGCAGAGAUCUCUGUCCCAGACAAUGCACAAGGAAGAGGAACGAACACAACUCGAAAAAGAGCUACAGGAAGUCAAGCUGGAGAGCCGGCGUAGGAAGAAACUUAUCUCUACUCAACAGCUCCUUCUGCAGUCCAGUGCCAAUAAUUACCACAAGUGUCAGUUCUGUGAGAAGUGUUUCGUCAAUUACUCUUACUUACAGUCUCAUGUUCAGCGCCGGCACCCUGAGAUCACCGAUGCAGAGAGACAUAAGAAGAUGCAAGUGGAGCAGAUGAAGAAUGAACUGGAGGAACUAAAGGAGAAACUAAGACUGACUCAGAGUCGCCUCGAAGCCGAGAGAGAGGCAGAUGUGUAUCGGAGACAGCAGGAGAUGGAGGAGCAGCGGAGAAGAGAAGCAUCAGACCGGGAGAUAAUGGAGAGAUGCAAAGAGGAGGAGAAAAGGACGUUUCACGAUGAAAUCGACAGCCUGAUAAAGCUUCUUCACCAGGAGUUUGAGCAAAUAAAAAGCAAGAUCAUCUCCAUAGAGUCUAAACUACAUGAGCUGGAGAGCAGAGAGAGAAACAUGUCUAAUCUAAGAGGUCAGAAUGAAAUUGAGAAAGAACAAUGGAGGAUCAGAGAGAGAGAGCUGAAGGAGCAGAUGAAGAAUAAAUUGAAGAAGAAAAUUGAAGAGCUGCAGAACAGACACCAGCAGGAGAAAGCGAAGCUGGAAAGUGAAAACAACAGGCUGCAGAAGGCCUUGUCUGUAAAGGAAAGCACCAUUUCUAGUGUGCACUCGCUGAUGCAGCAGGUUCAGUCUCUAUCUAAACAGCUCAGAGACAGAGAAACACUCAUCCACUCACAGAAAAAGAAGAUAAUGAAGUUAAUGUCCAGAUCACAGUCAGAGUCACUUCCAAAAAUGGCUGAGCAGAACUCUGCAGAUGAAGAAGAAGAAGAAGAAGAAGAAGAAGAUAAUAAGGAUGAGAUUGUGGAAGUAUUAGCUGCAUCCCGAGUGGAACCAGAGAGAGGAAUUCUGGUGCAGAAUUUCAGACCAAUCAUUAAGAAAAGACUGCAGAAGAGACUGGAGAUGAUGGGAAUAAGAAAGGGCACUAAGGGAAUCUCUGCUCAGACCUUUAGGAGACUAAUGUAUGAGCGAGAACAGAAUUUUAGGAGUCAAGCACAUUUGCAUGAUUUGAGGUGCAGCAUUGAGAACCAGCUAGAGCAAAGAGUGAGAGAGCUGCAGACGAGUCAGGGAAAAUCUACGCCUAGCAGGCACAUGCUACCGAGAAAGAAGCUUCGUAGUCCAGUUUUAGAACAAAGCCCCAAACUUAGACGGCUCAGCUCCAAACACCCCCCACAGAAACGUGAGCUUCAUCAGACUCCUACAGCUGCACCACGCUCCAAAGCACCUGCACCCACAUCGAUUCGACCAGCACAGCAAAAGAAGAGCAGAACUCCACCCUUCAGCUCAGAAGAGGACGAUGAUGACGAGUCAGGCGAGGACAGCGCCUAUAUCACCAGCUCCCGGGACAAACCGUCCACCUCUGUCCACCUCACAUCAACAAAGGAACAGCAGAGAGCAGAACACGAGUUCAGCUGGUCAGACAGCAAUGAUUCAGAUGAAUCAGACACACAAAAACCACAUGGUGGGAGAACUAGAGAUAGAGCAGGUUCAGUUCAAACGCUGGCAAGAAGUUUAGAAAAGCAGCUGAGUAUCACAAAAAAACCUGUAGGAGGAAUACGAGUCCUGCCUCCAGCCUCUCAACCUUCACCUCGACCCUCCAUCAUCAAACAACAGGCGGUGUCUGAUGAAGAGAGUGAGAUGGACUUAUCCUCCAUCGAGGAGCUCACUGCGCCACCCACAACCGGGCGCAGAAGCUCAGAUGUGGCCGCCACCUCAGGCACUAGCGUAUGGAGCUCAGCUGCCAGCAGAGCAGGAGCAUGGUGAGGACACGUUCGAGCUGCACUCGGUGGAACUGGAGCUGGAGGCCGCGCUGGAAGGUACCUGGUCUCAGGUAAAUCCCCGGCGUGAAAUUACUACUCCCUCCACCUCUACUCCGUGUGUUACUCUG